UUUUAAUAAGUUCAAUUUAUCUAAUUCGGUUAGAUUUUGAAAGGUCAAAACUAAGGGAAACGCAAAGGGAAGUUGCUCUACUGCUCUGGAACGACGAACCGAUGAAGCCACGAAGGACUGACGGAGGACGAACGUCGACCGACCGCUGCCACGGCGCCACCCAGAGCCAUCCCGCCACAGGCCUACCGCGCCCUGCCUCCGCGCCUCCACAGCUCCACUAGUCCGGGUCUCCAUUUUCUCAAGACCGGCCCUGGAUUAUCUCAUGCGCUCAUUAAAUCGGAAUGCCUACAAAUUGUUCGUAGUAUUUUCCCAAAGAAACUUCUCAACCAGAACCUCAAUAUACAAUGUAACUCGAAAUUUGCAUUACCAAGGCCGAGUCAGUCUCCUGUCUGGAAAUGAACACAGUGAUGUGGUGUCAUGGACAUCGACGAUCUCAGACUUCGUAAAGAAGAACCAGCCGGAAAAGGCCAUUGAUCUUUUUAAAAGAAUGCUUAUGAGCAAUCAAAAGCCAAACUAUGUUACAGUUCUCAGCUCCAUUCAAGCAUCUUCAUGUAUGGGUUCAGAAAUGUUGGUGAUGGAAAUUCACUGUUUCGCAAUAAAAAUGGGAUUUGAAUUUGAAACACCUAUUAUUACAGCACUUCUUGGUUUUUAUUCUGUUUGGGAUAUGGAAUCUGCAUCUAAGUUGUUUCUACUGGCACCUGACAAAGAUGUUAUUCUGUGGAGUGCAACUAUUUCUGCUUUUGUGAAGGUUGGAGAGUAUAUUAAGGCCAUUGACCUUUUUAAAGAAAUGCAGUUGUGUGGGGUUGAACCAAACUAUGUUAGCAUUUUGAGCAUCUUACCUGCUUGUGUGAACCUUUGUGCUUCGAGAAUUGGGCGAGAACUACAUGGGUUUUCCAUCAAAAAGUCAUUUAUCUCUCAUCUAAAUAUUCAGAAUUCACUUCUGGAUAUGUAUAGUAAAUUUGGGAGCAUAAAGGAGUCAAUUAGUAUUUUCCAAAAUAUAGAAAGGAAGGAUCUUGUUUCUUGGAAGAGUAUCAUUCAUGGGUGCAUUAGUAAUGACUGCCCAAGAGUAGCCUUGAGUUUUUUCUAUGAGAUGCAGUUUUGUUGCUUCCCAAUGGAUGAGAGCAUAAUAAGAGAGGUAAUUGGAAUGUAUUCCACAUUGGAUGAGACAAAGACUGGACAAGAAAUCCAUAGCUUUGCACUAAAAUUAGGAUUUUUGGAAUUUGUUUCUGUUGUGACCGCCCUUCUCCAAAUGUAUGGUAACUUCGGUAACAUUGGAGCUGCAAGGAGUUUAUUUGAUUCACUUGGCGAAAAAGAUAUCAUUGCUUGGAGUGCAAUGAUCUCAGCAUAUGCCCAAAGUGAGGAACCCAUUAAUGCUCUAGCUAUACUUAGAUGGAUGCAAUGGGAAAACAGGAAACCUAACGAAUUUUCUUUUGUUAGUUUACUGCAUGCUUGUUCUUCAAUGGAAGCACAAGAUUUUGGAGAAGCUAUACAUGCACAGGUUAUAAAAUUUGGUUAUACAUGCAAUGCAUUUUUGGCAUCUGCAUUGAUUUUUAUGUAUUGUAAAUUUGGAAGAAUACAACAAGGGAAAUCUUCUUUUGAUGAAAACUCUAACAAAGAUCUCGUAUGUUGGAGUUCAAUGAUUAACGGAUAUGGGAUCAAUGGCCUUGGGAGUGAGGCUCUUGAGUGUUUCUUGGAGAUGUUGUCAUAUGGGAUAAAACCAAAUGAUGUUGUUUUCGUAUCAGUUCUCUCUGCUUGUAGCCAUUGUGGCCUAGAAUACGAGGGAUGGAACUGGUUCCAUGCGAUGCAAGAGAAGUAUGAUAUUACACCAAAACUUGCACACUAUGCUUGUAUGGUGGAUAUGCUGAGUCGUCAAGGGAAUGUAGAACAAGCUCUUGAAUUUGUGAAUAACAUGCCCAUCAUGCCAGAUAAGCGGAUAUGGGGAGCUCUUCUUGCUGGAUGUAGAAAAACUCAAGGGGCAAGUGAAAUACACGAAUUAGUUGCUAAACAGCUUAUUUCUUUGGACCCAAAAAAUGCCAGCUAUUAUGUCAUUCUAUCAAAUUUAUAUGCCGAUCAGGGCAGAUGGGAUGAGGUAGAGAAGUUGAGACAACUGAUGGGUGAAAGUAAGCAAAAGAAAUGGAUGGGUUGUAGUGUCAUUGAACUCAAUGCAUAAGCAUGGGAUUUGAAUAUAGCUAAUAAUUAGCAUCAUCCAUUUUCUCAAAUUCAUGUGAUCCUAAGCUAUAAGUUAUAGCCCAAGGUCUUUCACAUGAAUUUGGUUCUGAGGUGUCAGAAGGUGAGUUUUGCUUGUCAGUGUUGCCCCCCUGUUUGUGAUAUUCUGGAGUGAAUUAGAGAAAUGCUUACAAAAUUUAAAAGUGCCACAUUUAUGUUAAUGACAGUGAUGAUUUAUGUGCCCUUACCCCACCGUAGGUGGGAGCCUUUGUAGCACUGGGGUAAUGAUGAUAAUAAUGAUGAUGACAGUGAUGAUCUAUGUAAAAGGCCUGCAGGUUUGGCUUACAGAAAAAUUCAAAUCUGGGUUGAAACCGACUCUUAUUAUCCCUGGUUGAUAACUGUAGAGGAUAAAUCAUAAAUGGGUAGGGGGUUUGCAGAAAAUUAGAAGAAAGCUUAACAAGAUGUGGUUACUUUUUCUGACGUCUUGAGGGAGAAAAUAUGCUGCUGAUACAUUGGCUGAUUUAAGACAUUUUCAUUUGCAAAUGGCUAUUCUGAUAGGGAAAUGUUAUGGCCAAAUUCUGGGGCCACAGAUAUCGCAGGCACGGUUUGGGUCAAAGGGGUGAUCAACCCAGAGAAAUUUAGCCCAAUGAAACCACCAAAAGUGGCAAAAGGUUGGCGAAAUUGAACGAACUAGCUGGAUUUGCUCGUGAUCAAGAAAUUGAUCCUUUUGAGUAUUCAAUCUACUUUCAUAUAGUUGGCCCUACAAAUUAGGCAUCUUCUUGGGCAGGUUUCAGAAAAUUUGUGUUGGAUGUAGACUGGAGAGGGACAAUCCAGUGAUCCACCAAAUGCAAUAUCCUUCUGCACCCAUGGAACCAACCUCUUUAGCAGCUGCUGUACCAGGGUGUACCAGGUUGGUACAUGGAAGCUAUCUUUUCUCACAAACUUGAGAAUAUAACCGUUGGUACAUGGAAGCUGCUUUUUUAAUUCUUGCUUUCUGGAAACACAGUUGCAACAAGGAAUAUAUGAUUUGAGUAUUGUGGGGGCUUUAUAAACAGUUUGAAUCAAGUGGAGAUGCUUGAAUGAGUCCUGGCCUGACGUGUGUAGAAGUAAUGUUACUUCAUCGGUUAGGCCGUGAUCGGCACACAUGGAUCAAGAGUCUGCACAAGAGUACAUAAUACUACUGUUUUGUUUUAAAAGAAACAAAUUUUGUGGUGUAGUCAUCGAAUUUUGGUGUGGUAUAACUUAAUUCUUGUAAUUAUCAUUUUGAUUUUGUGCCAAUGAAAUAUUGGAUUGUAGAAAUGAAUUGUUUCUUAUCUUUUAAAUAAG